GCGCGCUCCAAUGGGACGGCAGGGCUCGCCCGGCCGCGGGCGCAGCCAAUGGCUGCCGCUCACCGGCUGCUUGACUGCCCGCCUCCGUCCGGCCGCUGAGCCGAGUGCUGGCGGGCGGGAGGUUCCCGCGGCUCCGGGAAGAUGGCGGCGGCCGUGGUGCUGGCCGCCGGGUUGCGCGCCGCGCGCAGAGCCGUGGCGGUCGCGGGGCGGCGGGGGGCGCAGGUCCGAAGAGCUGCAGGUGCAACUGAUGGGAAUGAAGUGGCCAAGGCCCAGCAGGCAGCUCCUGGGGGAGCAGCCCCAACCAUCUUCUCCCGGAUCCUGGACAGAAGCCUCCCAGCUGACAUUCUAUAUGAGGACCAGCAGUGUCUCGUGUUCCGUGAUGUGGCCCCUCAGGCUCCUGUGCACUUCCUGGUCAUUCCUAAGAAGCCCAUUCCUCGGAUUAGCCAGGCUGAAGAAGAAGACCAGCAGCUUCUAGGACACCUACUUCUUGUGGCCAAGAAGAUAGCAAAGGCUGAGGGCCUGGGAGAUGGAUACCGACUUGUGAUCAAUGAUGGGAAGCUGGGCGCACAAUCUGUAUAUCACCUGCAUAUUCACGUACUUGGGGGCCGACAACUCCAGUGGCCUCCAGGUUGAACCUACAAACUGACCAAGGAUCUCAGACCUGGAUGCUUGGAUGGGGAAGGGAAAAAGGGACUCUGUGAUGCUAAUAAACCUGCUCUCCCU